CGUGGUCCCAUCAGUUGAUCCAUCAUGCAUGCAUUCUAAGUAUUCAUUUGCCCUCUAUUCUGCACCUUCCUAUUCAAGCAUAUACAUAGAUAGAGCUACUACUGUUGUUCGUGCGGUGAUAGAAGUGGUGGUGGUGGUGGUGGUGGUGCAGUCAGUCAUACAUGGAGAUCGACGGGAUGAAUGCAGAAGCCGAUUCAUCCGAGAUAGGCCUUUGGAAUAGGAAAAACAGUAGUGGGUUGUACUUGGUAUGGGAAGAUCUGACGGUGGUGCUGGCUAACUUCGGCAAGGGUCCACCCAGGAGGCUGCUCAAAGGGCUCAGUGGCUAUGCAGAACCUGGUCGGAUUAUGGCCAUCAUGGGCCCUUCCGGCUCAGGCAAGUCCACCCUCCUUGACUCACUAGCAGGGAGACUUUCGAUAAAUGCUGUUAUGACCGGAAAUGUUCUUCUCAAUGGGAAGAGAAGGAGACUAGACUAUGGAGUGGUUGCCUAUGUGACCCAAGAGGACAUUUUGUUGGGAACCCUCACUGUGAGAGAAACAAUCACAUACUCAGCUCAUCUAAGGCUUCAUGAUGCCUUGAGCAAAGAAGAGGUGAAUCAGGUGGUUAAUAGCACAAUCAUGAAAAUGGGUCUCGAGGAUUGUGCAGACAAAAUGAUAGGAAACUGGCAUUUGAGAGGUAUCAGUGGAGGAGAGAAGAAGAGACUCAGUAUUGCACUCGAGAUCCUCACAGGCCCUCGUCUCUUGUUUCUUGAUGAACCCACCAGUGGGCUCGACAGUGCAGCUGCUUUCUUUGUGAUGCAAACUCUGAGGAACAUCGCUUGUGAUGGAAAGAUUGUUAUCUCCUCUAUACACCAGCCAAGCAGUGAAUUGUUUGAAUUGUUUGACGAUCUGUUCCUCCUCUCAGGUGGAGAAACUGUUUACUUUGGCGAUGCCCAGAUGGCUGUCAAUUUCUUCGCCGAAGCCGGGUUCCCUUGUCCCAGUAGAAGAAAUCCUACGGAUCACUUCCUUCGUUGUAUUAAUACAGACUUUGAUGCUGUAACCACCACUCUCAGGGGAUCUCUAUUCCACGACACUCAUACAUCAUCAGAUCCCCUGAUGAAUUUGCCAAGUUCAGAGAUCAACGGAAUCCUUAUUGAGAAGUAUAGGACAUCAGAAUAUGCAACAAGUACAAGAAGACGGAUAAGAGAACUGGCAUUCAUUGAAAAACCUGUCAUUGGAUCAAUCAGAGGAAGUGAGGCUAGCUGGUGGAAGCAGCUCUACACAUUGACUCAAAGGUCCUUCACAAACAUGUCUAGAGAUCUUGGAUACUACUGGGUGAGGAUAGUAAUCUACAUUGUGGUAUCAUUAGCUGUUGGCACCAUGUACUAUGAUGUUGGGACAAGCUAUACUGCAAUCCUGGCUAGAGGAAACAGUGCAGCAUUCAUCACAGGCUUCAUGACAUUCCUCUCUGUUGGAGGCUUCCCAUCUUUCAUUGAAGAAAUGAAGGUCUUUUAUCGCGAAAGGCACAACGGGCAUUGCGGCAAUGCAGUAUUCAUCCUAUCCAAUUUUAUCUCCUCGUUUCCUUUCCUGUUGGCAGUGUCAAUCGCUACUGGCUCAAUAACCUUUUACAUGGUGAAGCUUCACCCAGGAUUCUCUCGCCUUAUGUUCACCUACACCAAUCUCUUAAGCUGCAUUGCUAUUGUAGAAGGAAUCAUGAUGGUUGUUGCAUCAUUGGUACCAAAUUACUUGAUGGGUGUCGUAGUUGGUAUUGGAACACUAGGUAUUAUGAAUUUGAGCUCUGGGUUCUUCCGUUUGCUGCCAGAUCUUCCCAAAACAUUCUGGCGCUACCCAAUGUCAUAUAUCAGUUACACUUCAUGGUCAUUGCAGGGGCAAUACAAGAAUGAUCUGAUUGGGCUUGAGUUUGAUCCUUUUAUACCUGGUGAUCCUAAACUGAAGGGAGUGAAUAUCAUCCAGACAGUGUUUGGGAUGUCAGUGGAUCACUCCAAGUGGUGGGACUUGACUGCACUUGUAAUCAUUCUCAUCACCUACAGAAUACUUUUCUUCCUCAUACUCAAGUUCAGGGAGAGAGCAUCACCGAUGCUCCACACCUUUUUCUCCAAGAAAACACUUCAACAGCUAAAGAGGAGACCUUCGUUCAAGAGAAAGCCAUCUAUCAUCAAGAGGCAGCCGUCCUACCCUUUAUCUUAUCAAGAAGGUCUCAGCUCUCCACUCCCUUAGAAACAACAAGUCAAUUUCAAAACUUGCUGAAAUUCCUUUGCUCUGCAUCCUAAAUUUAUUACUUAUGUUCAUAAAAAAUAAAGCAGAAUGAGAAAUGAUAGACAUUCUGUUUCUUGUUUGAUACGAAAAGAACCAAGCAACAGAAAUCAUGGAAUUUAUAUGUAAGUGAAUGCCAUAUAUUGUCUA